CACAGGGCAGGUUGUUGGCUCGUGCCGAGGAAGUGGACGAUUUGUGUAAGUUGUACACAACUGUGCUGACGCUGAGAACAAACAAGUCGCGGUGUUGUCGGUGAUUUGUCGGUGUUGAAGUUUUCCGCUGUCAGUCACGCAGCCGCUAACGGAGCAGCUGUGAUACCUGGGAGGUUUCGUUGACUCUCCGCUGUCAGGUCGGCGGUGUUUCACCUCCUUUAAGCCGCUCUUCGCUUCACGUCGCCGGGUUGUGCAUGGGGGGCCGUGUCGCCGGAGGAUGGACGCUUUAACCCGGGGUCGUCAUGGCUGCUGUGACGGUACUGCGGUGCACCAGCGGCCGUCUCCUCGGAGGAUGGGGCCCGCUGCUGUGUGUCCUCCUCGGCUCUCUGGUGGCCCUCCUGCUGCCCCUGGUGGGGGUGGAGGACGAGUGCUGCGCCGCCCGAAGAGGCAUCGCCCUGCUGCGCUGCCAGCUGUGGGGGGCCCCUCAGCAGACUGUGCAGUCCACCAGCCUCACUGUCCCCUUCACUGCGCUUGAUGUGCUGCCUCAGAGGUCCAAACCCAGCAAAGAGAUGCAGCUGGAGGCCAAAGCGGCGCUGCAGCAGGCUCAGGAGAUGAAGAAACUGGGGAAGAGGGAGAAGGCCCACAAGCUGCUGGCGCACGCUCUCAGCAUGAACCCGGGCUUUGUGGACGCCCUGACGGAGCUGGGGACCAUCCUGGAGGAGGAGAAGGACAUCGUCCAGGCCGACCACCUCUACACCAAAGCUUUGGCCAUCUCGCCGUGUAACGAGAGAGCUCUGGUCAGCAGAGACCGCACGCUGCCCCUGGUGGAGGAGAUCGACCAGCGGCACUUCGGCAUCAUUGACAGCAAAGUGCGCCGGCUUAUGUCCAUUCCCAAAGGUAACUCCGCUCUCCGCCGCGUGAUGGAGGAAACCUACUAUCACCACAUCUACCACACGGUGGCCAUCGAAGGCAGCACGCUCACGCUGUCGGAGAUCCGUCACAUCAUCGAGACGCGCUACGCCGUCCCCGGGAAGAGCCUUCAGGAGCAGAACGAGGCCAUCGGUGUGGACGCCGCCAUGAAGUACAUCAACACCACGCUGCUGUCCAGAUCGGGAGCCAUGACUGUCGGCGACAUCCUGGAGAUCCACCGGCGGGUGCUCGGCUACGUGGACCCGGUGGAGGGAGGGAGGCUGCGCACCAACCAGGUGUUCGUGGGGCAUCACAUCCCGCCGCACCCUCAGGACCUGCAGAGACACAUGCAGGAGCUGGUUCAGUGGCUCAACUCGGACGAGGCGCUGCAGCUGCACCCUGUGGAGUACGCCGCUCUCGCCCACUACAAACUGGUGUACGUGCACCCGUUUGUGGACGGCAACGGACGCACGUCGCGGCUGCUCAUGAAUCUCGUGCUCAUGCAGGCGCGAUACCCCCCGAUCACCAUCAGGAAGGAACAAAGAGCGGAGUACUACACGGCGUUAGACACGGCCAACGAGGGCGACGUGCGGCCCUUUAUCCGCUUCAUAGCCCGAUGUACCGAGAUCACACUGGACACGCUGUUGAUCUCUACGACGGAGCACGCCGUGGGGCUCCCCGGGGCCCAACAGGAGCAGGCCUGUCCCGACUGCAAACAGACCAUCCCCAUCCACAACUGAGCUGAGAGCUGGAGGAGAAAGGGAACAGGAGGGUUUUUCAUUAUUUAAUAAGAAUCCUGACUCAAAGUUUGUUAGAUGUCCCACGCUGUCAUUUCCUGGUUUCUGCUGGAUUUCUUUAAACUGCUGCAGGAUGUUCAGUUAAAAUCAGGUAAAGGAAUCUGCAUCUAGGUUUUCUUUAAUACCAAUACUUUUCCUGCUCGAUUAGUAGAAACUAGUGUUGUAGUCAAGACCACAAUAACGAGAGCAAGAGUGGUCCAAGACCGAGACAAGACCAAGACAUGUAGGGGACGGGUCAAGACCAAGACAUGUAGGGGACGGGUCAAGACUAAGACAAUAAAUAUCAGUGGAAAGUCCUCAAUUUGUGUGCGCCGGGAAUUAUUUAUGAGUUAUUUGUUCUUUUAGAAAGGGUUGUUUUCCUUCUAAUCACAGUAAUGAUGUGGAAAUAUAUCAGUGGUGGUCUUGAUUUAAAAUCCAGAGACCCAGACGAGACCGAUUUAAAAUGCUUUUGAUUCCGAGACCUUUAAAAAGUGUUUUGGAGAACUACGACACCUGUAGAAACCUUUUGUUCACUCCGAGACUUGAGUGUCCCCCGUCCUCGCCUCGACCCCUUCUUAAAACACUCUGCAGUUUGACCUCUGCUGAUGUGUGGACUGAGUUCUCUUGAACUAUUUGACUGUUUGAGUGUAUAAACCUUAACUUAUCUACCUUUGGGAAGCAGGUGAUGUUUGAUCACACAGUAAAGCACUUUCAUUCAUGUGAUAAUUUAUUCUAUUUUCAAAUAAAGAGUUCUCAUCACUGA